AUGACCAUCGCUUCGGACGACCAAUUGGCCGUCCGGAGCGAUGAACCGAAACUUGACCCUUGCCCUCCACCUGUUUGCCCAGAACCUCCGCCUAAGCCACCUUGUCUGGUGAAGCCAGUCAUGCGGGGAUUGCACUGGGCGCACACAAAACGGGUUUUGGCCCAAGCUAUACGGAAUGUGACAUUGUAUGAUAGCAUGGCAGCGGACAGCGAUGGGCCGGGCUCGGCGGGCGGGGGGGGCGGCGGCUCGUGCGGCGUGGUGGUGACCUGCGAGGGCGACCUGCGCGACCCGCGCUUCCCCGCGCGCCUUCGCCGGCUGCUGCGCGAGCUGCGCGCUCUGCUCGCCGAGCCGCAUCCGCACACGCUCAAAGUCAACAAGGUGGAGCCCUGGAACUCGGUGCGCGUGACGCUGUCGGUGCCGAGGGCGGCGGCGGCGCGGCUCAGGGCGCUCGCCGCCGCCGGCGCGCCGCAGCUGCGCGCUCUCGGCAUACUCUCCGUGCAGCUGGACGGCGACGCGGCGGUGUCGCUGCGUUUGCAGCACGGCGCCGAGCUGAGGAUAAACACCGACGCGGCGGACGAUGGCAACUCGUCGAGGCAGACGAAUUCCGAGCUGCUUGCCGGUCUGGGGGGCAUUGGGCGACUUUUGGGCGAGGGGGAGGGUACGUCCACUUCGACGGACGCGCCCGCCUCGUCGGCCACAGUACCCAGGGAUAACUUCAAAUCGCCCAACACCGUCUGCCCGAUGGACGGAAAGAUACCGCAGAACAUUCCCACGCCGACCACCGACCGCUGCGAGUUCCCGUUUGGGAGCAUGACCCAGGCGAGGGUCAUCCAUCGGAAGGAGAACACGUUAGGUUUAAGCGGUCCAGGGGUACGGCCGGUGGCAGCGUUAGCGGGGUCGAGCGGGGAACAGUUUCCACGUCCAUCAACGUCGGCCUUCGCGGGCCCGCCUCCCCCCUACCCCGCGCCCUCGCCCACCCCGUCCAAUCAAUCGCCCGCCCCCGCCACCGCUUCAGCGUCCGCUUCCGCCCCCACCGUGGCGAUGUCGUCGCCGCUGCUCGUCAAUCUGCUGCAGAACGAUGCGCCCGCACCCCAGCCUAGAGCGAAGUCCUCACCUCACCCAGCUAAGCUUGAUCGACUCGAGGACUCCCAGGUGGAAAUGGCGGUGGGCCGGGCGCCGUUCGAGUACCGCGGCGGGCGGGCGUCCGUGCCGCGGCAGCAGGGUCCGCCCGCGCCGCCCGCCCCGCCGCAGACGCCGUCGCUCCCCAGCCCCGCGCCGCCCCCGCCCCCGCCGCCGCGCGCCCCCGUCCGCGGCGCGCCCUUCGUGCGGCGCGCCUUCCCCCCGCGGCCCCCGCACCACCCCUCCCCCGUGUACCGCAGUCCGGCGCCGAACGCGACCGUCGUGGGGCGGGCGCGGUUCCCCGCGCCGAAUUACGCUCAGGACACGACGUUCCCCGCGCCCCCCCCGCCCUACCGGCAGCAGGGCGUGCAAUCGGUGGCGGUGGUGCAGAGGCCGAGACCACCGCCCCCGCCGCCUCCCCCUCCGCCGCGGGUCACCCCCGAGGAUCUGCAGGCGUUGCUCCCGCCACCCACCACCUCUAUGGAUCAGAAGACGCAGUCGAGCUUCCAGGAAUUUCAGAGGUAUCAGCAGCAGUACAAUGCGCGGCAACGGGCGGCUUCGCGGGCGGCCUCCCAACCGGAUUGGAACGAGCCCUAUCGGGACACCUUAGGGCUUUCCAUACCGGACUUGCCCGACAACUGCGACCUGGAUCAGUUACUACCGUCCUUAGGAGCCGACCUAAACCUGGACGACUCCGCCCUCUCGGCUAUCUCUGACCUGGACUCCAACACCAAGCUGGAUCUGCUCUACGACCCCCAGCAACAGGACGGGCUCCCCAACUCGAGCGAUUCGAAUCCUGAUGCCCUCCUGCAGGAAAUCACCGGUGGUCAGUACACGAGUACGAGCCUAAACGGACCAUACAACUCAGAGCUGAUCCCAAGUACAAGUCAAUCAGCGAGCGAUGUGCCUUCAAAACCUUCGGAUAAUUUUGAGAGUGUGAAUGAGUCGAGUUUUAUGCCACCUCCGCCUGUUCCCCAGCAGUCGACAUCGAAGUUUGUAAAUACGCACCAGAAUUCGUCCCCAAACCAUGCAAUGGUUAACGCCCAGAAUCCACCGUUCAAGUCGCCCCCAAACGCGACGUUCUCUUCAUCUCCCAAUAGCCUAAAUUCUGAUAGAGCAAACGUUAGUCAAUCGUCAAUGCCCCCUCCGAUGAGAUUGCCUGUAAGAGCGACCACGUCCGUAGCUACAGCGACCGUCGGUUCCCAAGCAACCGCCCAGGAGAUCGAAGAACAAAGCAAGCAGUACCUGAUCAAAACCCUAAUGAGGGACGACGAUAUUCCACCGCCUAAAGAACAGGAGAAGAAAGCCGAAGAAAUAACUGUUGCCCAAUGCAAACUGAAAGAGAACUCAACGGAUGCUCCUGAAGUUUUUGGAAUAGCCAAGAUAACCGAAGACGACAGUAAAAAGGACGAUGAUUCUAAGUUGAAGAAUAAAAUCGUUAAGAAGGAUAGAGACGACAAACUGCUGGCGCAAAAGGGGGGCAAGCCGCGAACAGGGGGUGCCAAGGAGAAACCGGCCACGUUGAAGGACAAGAUAGUGCGCGAUGGAAAGUCUGCCAAAGUUGCCUUGCCGAGACCACACGUCGCGAAACCAAGCCCGCCCGCCGGCGACGCGCCAAAGUCACCCACGGGCGAGAAAGUCGACUCGUUCUCGUUGAAGCUACGGCUGAAGUUGGACAAAAACGAACCGGUGGUGCAGCCCGUGUACAAGGCCGAUAUCAGUUUUGUCAAUCUGCAAUCCCAAAAGGAGGCGCUAACGAAGCCGACGGACGGUGGUGAGCUGAGGGUGCCGCCGCUACAUAUCAGCCUUAGGGGUCGAAACUCAGCGGUCAUAAAGAACUCCAAGAAGAAGGAGAAGAAGUUCAGUCCGGGAGACUUGCAUAUGAAGAAGAUCAAAAUAAGGAAAUCCAUAGAAUCCGAUGACAAGUCUCACAGGCGGGACUCUGAGGAGUCUCUCGCGACCAAGUCGGGAGACAGCACUGAGAACACAAAGACUGACGAGUAUUUGCAUGUCAAGAACAUGAAGUUAAAUAAUCACUAUGCCGAGGGUGAGGCAAUAAAAACCGAGAUCACGGGAGACAACAAUGUCGUCUAUAGAAUGAAAACGAUAUCAAAGAAUGCUCAUAUUGUCACCAAAUCGCACGAAUGCAAACUUUUGAACAACAAAGUGCAAUUGGACAAUUUAAAGAUGAAAAAGAAAUCGAAAUUCAUCAGCGAGAGUGGUAAAGCGAUAGAGAAAGAACGGGACAAAGAUUGCAGGAACGAUUUGUUAGAGAAAGAAGGGAAGUACGCCCAGAACGAGGGCUACAGAGAGACCCCGAAUAACCACGAAGCGAAAAAGAAGUUACCAACUCCAAAACUAGAGAAGGACGGCGGUGCAAAAUGUGAUAAUUUAAAGUCCAGUGAUGUAAAAACAAUGCAGUUGGACGCGGUGUAUAAUGAGAGUGUAAAAUGUGGUGCUAGUGAGUUGGACAGGGUUAAGUGUCACAAGAGUUUAGAACGGACGCUAAGUGCGGAUGACGUAGCGGACGCGAAAAAGUUUGACACGCACAGGGCUAGUGAAGACAACAAAUUGAAACGAACACUCACUGACAGUGCAAUUACCUCACCCAACGGACUGAUAACUUCCGAGAAAAAACGGAAGACUAGCCAUAGUUCCUGUCCAGAUCCCCCUGGAUCGACAAACGUAGGCACAAUGAGGGGCGGCCGCGUGGAGUCGCCGCCGCCCGCGUCUAGUCAGCGCCCCGGGGCGGUCUCGCCGCGGCGCAGGGAUCGGCCCAAGGACAAGUCGUACUGCAAGCUCGUCGCCGAGCGCUCCGCCCGCCCCGAGCCCGACAAGUUCGGCAACCGCUCGCCCAACUCGCAGGCGCAGGGCGAGGACUCCGGCAUCGAGUCCAUGGACGCGCUCUCGGAGAAGUCGCCCAACCAGGCGAGCCAGUCGCCGCCGGGGCCGCAGCGCAAGGAGCGCCUCGACAUGCCCCGCUCCACCAGCCCCACCUCGGUGCAGAGGAUAAUCGGCGUCAUCGAGCCGCCACCCGCCUCCGACGAGCUGCUCGAGAGGCUCUCGCUGGCGACGGGCCAGCCCCACUACGACCCCGGCCCGCCGGACAUCGACGACCUGGGCGACAUCGAGGCCGAGCUGGCCAAGAUGCACGCGGACCACGUCAACGGCGACGACGCGGCGAGGCGGCCGCCCGCCGAGCGCGCGCAGACCAAAGAGCCGAAGCGGGAGCCCACGCCGAUACUCAGGGACGACGAGAAGGAGCGCCAGAGCGCCGAGCGGACGGAGCGCACGGACGGCGGCGACAAGCUGGAGCUGAAGGCAGUAGACGAGGCCAAAUUGGAAUGCAACGUCGCGCAAAGCGAUGCGAACGAGCCGCGCGCGUCACCCAAGAAGGAGAAGGGGCUCGACGACUUCGACCACCUGCCGAGCAGAAUGUCGCCGCCGCUGUACACGUAUUCCAACCAGGAGAAGGUCUGCCCCGGCGAGCCGAAGGACGAGAAGUGCGCCGUGUCGGAGAACGGCGAGACGCGCACGGACCCCGCGAAGGGGAAGGAGCCGAAGCUGGAAAGGCUACCGCUUAAGGCGGACUUCCCGGACAAGAGUUUGCUCGAGCAGCUGCUCAUCGAGAUCCCGACGCCCGAUUACGCGGGCAAGAGGCCCGAGUCGCCGUCGCCGUCGACGCUGGAGCGGGUCGCGAGGAGCACGGUGCGCACGCGGUCGAGCAGCAAGAUGAACAGCCCUGCCGACGGGCCGAAGACGCCGCGGCUCAGCCCCGGCGUCGCCGCCACCACCACCACCACCACGAAGGCGGACAGGUCCGACUCGCCGGCGCUGCAGCCCAGGAACUGCCUGGCGGACAAGGCGAGCCCCAGGGCCGCCAACGCGACGCCCGCCCCCGCGAAACCCGGCCCCGGCGCUAAGCGGAAGCGGCGCGAGUCCGAGAGCUCGUGCGCGUCGACGUUCAGCUGCGAGGAGGGCGUCCCGCCGGCGGGCAGGCCCAAGAAGAAGCCGCGCAGGCCCGACCAGAGGCCGCCCAAUGCGGCGGCGCCGGUGGCGUGCGGCAAGCUCAAGAAGGAGUCGGACAGCGACAGCGACGAGCCGCUGAUCUGCAAGGUCAGGGGCAAGACGGGCAAGGGGAUGAAGCCGGUGAGCAUAAAAGCGGCCAAGGGCGUGGAGGGCGUGGGCACGAGGAGGUCGGUGAGGCACGGGCCGCCGCCCCCCGCCGCCGGCGCAACGAACGCACCGGCGAUGCCGGCCGCGCCGCCCAACAACACCGCUGUCCGACGGAAAACGAGGAGCGCAGUCGGCGAGAGCGCGGGCGCGACCGCCGGCGCGGCCCGAUGCCGCUGCCGCUGCCGCUCGCGCUCCUCUACCCGCUGCCGCUGGACUGACACGACGCACCGCGUCAGCCGCGCACCGCGCGCGGCCGGCUCCGCGCCCCGCGACCUUUGCCCGCGCCGAGAGAAAAACGCAGCCGUCACCGGGAGCCGGCCGACGGCGUCGCGCCGAAACGGCGAACUGUCGCUGUCAAAU